GCCUGGGCAUCUUAAUGCGUUAGACGGUGUAUAACUGUAAUUAAAAUUUUAAUAACUGUGUUAACGCGAUAAAAAAUGAUCUCGUGCUAUCGGUGUUGUUGAUGUGUUAGAUUGAUGAUCAAAAAUCAACAAGGUGUGCAAAUUAUGACUAUCCAAAAUUUGGAGUGUUUAGACAAUAAAAAAGCUGAAACUACUAUGCAAAACUCCAGCAACAAUGCGCAAUCGGUCAGCAAAAACGGACACAUAAGUUUCAGUGUUGCUUCUUUGUUAGCGGACACCCGGCCUGUAAAAUCCUCAUCGCCGACAUCUCACAACUCCUCCACCCCGGUUCAUCAUUCUUCCGAUGAAGAGUACGAUUCGAACCAAGAAGAUUCCAUAGUCGACGUCGAGGACCUCAACUCCGAUCAAAAGUCAUCCGACGAUAGCCCGACGAAAGACAAUGACUCGAUUCUGCAGCAACGCGAAAGGGAAUUCGUGAAAGAGACACUUUUAAAUCAGGGCCCCAUCAGACCGACGCCCUUCUCAGCCCUAGCCGCAGCUGUUUACCAAGCUGCUCACCCCAACUGGCCCCAUCAGGGACUGGUCAACCCAUUCGCCGGGCCUGGGCCCAUGUACCAAGGCAGCUCGCCCUUCGCAAUGGGAACUAUGAACCCAGUUGAUUCCAAUGGUGACCCGCCAAAACUGAAAUGCAAUCUGAGGAAACACAAGCCAAAUAGAAAACCAAGGACUCCAUUUACCACCCAACAACUGCUAGCUUUAGAGAAAAAAUUUAGAGACAAGCAAUAUCUUAGUAUAGCGGAGCGAGCGGAAUUUUCAAGCUCCUUACGAUUGACUGAGACUCAGGUGAAAAUCUGGUUCCAAAACCGCCGCGCCAAAGCAAAACGGCUUCAAGAAGCCGAACUGGAAAAACUCAAAAUGGCCUCCCUCUCCCGGCACCCGCACGCACUAUACCCUCACCCCGCGCUUCAAGGGUACUUUACGCCGGGCGCGCACCCUCUAGCCUCGCUACUGGGGGGCCGACCCAUGGGGGGACUCUCCCUAAUGCCGCAAGCCCCCCCUCCACACAUGGCCUCCCCACAAGGCAUGAGAUCUCCCAGUCCUAGGAUGUCGUAAGAAAGUGUAUAUUUAUUUAUUAAAUAAAAAAGUAUACAGAGUGUUUAAAACAUGUUUGAACAAAAACCUCAAAGGUUUUAAUUGUAACACUCUGUAUAAGAGUUGCAAUAUGUUUUAUUGUGUAAAAAGUGACAUACUAAACUAUUAUAAAUAUACUUACCAUUAGGUAUCAAGUUUAAUGUUACAUUGUGAUGAUUAAAAAAA